CUCUCUCUCUCUCGUUCGUUUUAUUUUAUCACGAGCGAUCAAAAACCCAAAAAAGAAGUAGCUCAACGAAAUAUAUACAAAGUUUGAGGACUUGAUCGAAAAAGUUCGAACCUUUUCUCUUCUUCUUCUUCUUCUUCUCAUUCUUUUCUCGCUGUUCUUAUCACAAGAGCUCCAAAGAAGGACAAAGUUGCCGGCUGAUAGGGUGAAUUGUGAUCGAGAAAAUGACGAGAGUAACCAUUGAUUUUAGUGAUACUUUGCCUGUGGAUUCUGUGCCUUCGGUGUCACCGGAUGUGAAUUUUACAUCAAAUACAUUUCCAAAGUAUAAGAUAGGCCCUGAUAAUGUAAUUAUAGAGCCAAAGGAGGUAUCUGCGAGACCGUCCCUUAAAGAGAUUGUUGCAAAGGAGACUGCACAGUUGUUGGAGCAGCAUCAACGUUUAUCUGUCCGUGACCUCGCUAAGAAGUUUGAGAGAGGCCUCUCAACUGUUGCCAAGUUAUCUGAAGAGGCAAAAUGGAGAGAAGCAGCUUCAUUAGAUAGACAUGUCCUCCUGAAGAAACUUAGGGAUGUGCUAGAAUUACUUAGAGGCCGUGUGGCAGGUCGAAACAGGGAUGAUGCUGAGGAAGCUAUUUCAAUGGUGGAGGCUUUAGCAGUCCAGCUCACUCAGAGAGAAGGAGAGUUGCUUCAUGAGAAAGCAGAAGUGAAAAAGCUAGCGGCCUUUCUAAAGCAGGCUUCUGAAGAUGCCAAAAAAGUUAUUGAAGAAGAAAGGGCAUAUGCUCGUACUGAAAUUGAGAGUGCCAGAUCAGCAGUUCAGAGAGUUGAAGAAGCUCUUCGUGAAAAGGAACAGAUUUCAGCAAGUGAGGAGGAGCAGGAUUUGGAAGAAUUAAUGGCUGAGAUUCAAGAGGCUAGAAGAAUUAAAAUGCUACAUCAACCAAGCAAGGUAAUGGACAUGGAAAGUGAACUUCAAGCAUUACGCGGCCAGAUUGCAGAAAAGUCUUUGCAGAUUAUAAAGCUACAGAAAGAGCUUGCAGUGAACAGAAGGCUUGUGGAAAACAAAUCCCUUUUGUAUGAGUUAGAGGGCCUUGAAUGUUUAGGCUCUUGUUUAUGUGUCUUGUCACGAAUAAAUUCUGCAUCAGACCUAUCCAAUUGCUCUAUUCAGUGGUAUCGUAUUCAGCCUGAAGUGAACAAGAAGGAAUUAAUUUCAGGGGCGACGAAAUUUGUUUAUGCUCCGGAACCAUUUGAUGUUGGGCGAUUCUUGCAAGUGGAACUUUUUUCAAACGAUGACAGGGUAACAUUGACAACCAGUGGCCCAAUAGAACCAGCUGCAGGAUUGGGAAACUAUGUAGAGAUACUUGUUAGAAAGCCUGAAACAGAGUUCAAUGUAAUUAUUCUCCAGAUUAAUGGGCAUGAUCAACCAUCAAAUUCCAUACAUACAUUUAAUGUGGGAAAGAUGAGGAUAAAACUUAACAAGGGAAAGACAUCAAAAGCCAAAGAAUCUUAUUCCUCUUCAAUGCAGCUGUGUGGAGUUAGAGGCGGAGGAAAUGCAGCUGCUCAAGCACUGUAUUGGCAAGCGAAGAAAGGUCUUUCCUUCGUAUUAGCAUUUGAAUCGGAUAGAGAAAGGAAUGCCGCGAUCAUGCUCGCCAGACGAUACGCUUUUGACUGCAAUAUAAUGCUUUCUGGACCGGGCGAUAAGGCUCCGAUGGUAAGCUAAUGAACUUUCAUACUAAUUUAUUUACAGAGAUUGGAGUGGUGUUGCAGAUGUGUAUUUGUAUUGUAUUUAAAGGUGAAGAAAGGAUAUAGUUUGUAAUGUAGGUGAGGCUUAUUUGAUUUUUAUUUUAUUUGAGAGUAAGGCAUUCUUUUUAUCUGCCUUGGUAUUGAGUUGUAACCAAUUCUUUUGGUUUCCAUAGUGAUUUGCCUCAAUACUUUGUGUGUAUAUCUUAUUUGAUACACAAAAUUUAUUAA